CAGGACAAUAACGUCCGUUUUUUGCAGGUUGGCAUGGAUUCGGACAAUAAACUAAACAUUUAGCAUCACUUCACUCUUAUUUGAUGUUUUGUUUUGCCUUAGCAGAACUAAUUACACACUUGUUAUACAUGUUUAAUGUCUAAUUGAUGUGUCUUACUGUGUAGUGAUGGCAGUUAAUGUCUGCAACGUAGUGAAGCUAGCCAGCAUUAGCCGCUGCCGCUAACGGUGCUUCAACCUGCUCUUAAUUCAGAAUAUUAUGAAAAAAUGAAGAGAAAAGUGUCCAAAUUAAGAUUGAGCCCCAACGAAGAGGCUCGAAUAAUACGAGAAGAGCACGAAAGAAGGAGAAAACUGCGAAUUCAGCAGGUGCGGGAGCAGCAGCGCUUCAUUGCACUUCAGAUCCGGCGAGAGGUUGAGCUGAGGCGGCAGCAGGAACUGCAGCAGCUGGAGAAGGAGCUGAGGGACGACUGGGAGCGACAGCAGAGGGAGAAACUCGACACACUGCAGAAGUUAUACAACGAAAGCCUCCAGCUUGUUGGUCAAGGCCACAAGAGUGCAAAAGAAAAUGAGCCUGACCUGGCAGCCAUCGCUCAAAGAGAGGAGGAAAAUCACACCAAAGCCGAGGAGCGUUAUCGUGAAGCCUUGAAGGAGCUAAAAUCACAGCGGCUCAAAGACCUUGAGAGAAGAAACCAAUCCAUCAAUGCCAGGAGAAAAGCACUACAGGCAGAAAAGGAAAGAUCAGAAAAGGUCGCUAGUCUCCCACCACCUCCUCCAAACCCCAUUCAGAACAUCAGUCCCAAGAAGCCACAUGUAGUGAAGAGAUCUGACGUGAGCGCCUUCGCCGCCACACAUUACCACAUGCCUGAGAACGCAGUGGACCGAGAGGCAGAUACAGACCAGCCUGAUGCCCAUAAGGAAGCUGAGCUGGAGGCGAGAAGACUGCAGGACUUACAGAGGGAGGAAAAGAGGAGGAGAGAGGAGCAGCUGGAAAAGGCUCGUCUCAGAGGGAGGCAGGCUCUGAGGAGGGAACAGCUUGUACAGGACCGAGAGCGUUUGCUGGUUGAACUGGAGCACAUGCAGCAGACGGACCUGCUGAGGAGGCGGCAGCAGGUUUCACAAAUGCCUCCUCAGAUCUUCCAGCCGCUCUACAAGAGACAGGAGGCGAAGGACGACUUCCAGAGGGACAUGGAGUUCGCUUUUGAGGACAUGUACACGGGAGAAAGGAGGGUUAAAGGGGACCUGGUGGUCCGGCUGACACCUGAGCCUCUUCCAGCUCCGUCCACUGGCAGCCAGGACCAGGAGCUGGAUGUUACGCUGGACGACAUCGCCACAACAGAAACUGAAGACGCACAACGCGACGCUGAGCGGGAAGCUGGAAGCACAGAGCAGGAAACAUCUGCAGAAGUGGAGCCCUGCAGACCGGCUCCUCGACGGGCGCUGAAGAAACUCCUGGAUCGUAUCAGGGGCCAGAGGAACCAGUGGACUCACCAGAGCAGUCGCGUCCCCGCAGCUGAUUCUCCAACAAUCAUAACAGAUGAGAUCCCAGAGCGAGACUCGAGCAUCGAAACCGGAUCUUUGGCCGUCGGGGACAAAGACAAACAGACCCCAGUGGAGAUCUGUGAGCCGGUCCUCUCCUCAACCGCAGAAGCUCUGGAGGCGAUGAAGCCGUCAGCUUCUGCAGAUCCUCUCCUUCCUGAACUACUUGCAAACAGAAUCCAAGAAUUUGAAGAAGAGCGACAGAGAAGGGAAGAUGAGCUUGAGAAGGAGAAACGGCAGCAGGUGCGUUUGCUGGAGGAGUUGGAGGAGCAGAAGGUGAAACUGGAGCAGAUGCUGCUCGAGGCUCAGCAGGAGCGAGAAAACCUGAAGGCUGCUGUGAACCAGGACGCACCUGGACACGAUGAGGACGUCACCUCCCUCAGGUCCGGUUCAGCCUCGGAGCUCGUACCUCCUCCUCCUCCUCCAGGUGAAGAUGAUCAAACCCAAAGGAUCAGACAAUACCAGCAGCGACUGUUGGAACAAAACAGGAUUCACCAGAGAUCGGUGGAAGUGGCUCGGCAGCGUCUGGAGGAAUAUCAGCGAGCUCUGCGAAUUCGUCACAACAUGUCCAACGCCACAUCUUUGCCGUCUGCGGUGAAGCCUCCAGGCCUCGUUCACCUUCCCCCACUCAGACCUGUGUCUCUGCAUCCGCCAGCUCCUCUACAUCUUCCUACACCUGCUCCUCUACAUCUUCCUACGCCUCCUCCAGCGCCUUCACACAUUCAAAACAUCUACAUUCCUGGCUCUGGUUUCAGCGUUGUCUCCAAGCUGCUACCAGAUGAAUCUGUCUCUAGCAGUUCUACGAGUCAAACAGCUGGUGCCACCGCCUGGCUGAGCAGCAGCAUGAUGGAGAGAGUCAGACCGUCCUCCGUCACCAGAGAACCACCACCAGCACCGUACUUCAUCCCACGUCACGUCCCGCUACAGCCUGAUCCCAUCCGAAGACUCAGCCCGAGCCUUUCAGACGUCCCACCCUUCGUCCCACGCCACACGGCGGUUAAUCACGGCGCGUCCUCACAGGGCUCCAGAGAGGACGACUCGGAGAGGCAGAGACGAGAGCUGCAGGACGUCCAGAGACGAGUGGAGUUCCAGCAGAGGCUACAAGAAGAGGACGUCCAGAGACGUGUGAAACUCCAGCAGAGGCUACAAGAAGAGGACGUCCAGAGACGAGUACAAGAGCAGAGAAUACAAGAAGAGGAGAGGCAGAGACGAGAGCUGCAGGACGCCCAGAGACGAGAGCUGCAGGACGCCCAGAGACGGGAGCUGCAGGACGCCCAGAGACGAGAGCUGCAGGACGCCCAGAGACGGGAGCUGCAGGACGCCCAGAGACGAGAGCUGCAGGACGUCCAGAGACGUGUGGAACUCCAGCAGAGGCUACAAGAAGAGGACGUCCAGAGACGAAUGCAAGAGCAGAGGCUACAAGAAGAGGACGUCCAGAGACGAGAGCUGCAGGACGCCCAGAGACGUGUGGAGCUCCAGCAGAGGCUACAAGAAGAGGACGCCCAGAGACGUGUGGAGCUCCAGCAGAGGCUACAAGAAGAGGACGCCCAGAGACGUGUGGAGCUCCAGCAGAGGCUACAAGAAGAGGACGCCCAGAGACGAGAGUUGCAGGACGCCCAGAGACGAGAGCUGCAGGACGCCCAGAGGCGAGAGCUGCAGGACGCCCAGAGACGAGAGCUGCAGGACGCCCAGAGACGAGAGUUGCAGGACGCCCAGAGACGAGAGCUGCAGGACGCCCAGAGGCGAGAGCUGCAGGACGCCCAGAGACGAGAGCUGCAGGACGCCCAGAGACGAGUGCAAGAGCAGAAGGAGACGGUGGAACUGGAGGAGAGACAGAGACAGGAGGUGGAGUUGGAGCAGAUGAGGAGACAAAAGGAGACGUUACAGGCUCUGAUUGACACUGAUGCACAACCGGUAGCAGAGACGGAGGACGUGAUCGUGUCGGAGGACGUCCAUCAGAAUCGCCUCCGGUUACUCGCGUCCCUGCUGAGAGCGAUAGAAGAGUCUAACGGAGGAACUUUAUCUCACCUCCAGGACUCUCAGGACGAGGACGACGUCCCUCAACAGCCGCCGUCGAACAAUGAUGACGCCGAGUCGCGUCUCUUCCCCUCUGGAUUCCUCCAUCAUCUUCCCCGAGCAGCGAAGCCGCCGGUGGCUCGCGUCAGGUUCGGCUUCACGGACGUGAUGACGGAUCAACACGAGCUCAGUGCGAUUCAAGAGGUGGAGACUCCAGGCAGCACCAGCCAGAUCACGGGUCCAGAGGAAAGUGCGACGUUUCCUUCACGCGCUGCAAACGCAGAGUCAGAAUCGUCUCCGUCGCCUCCGGCGAGUCUGGAGACGAGCUCGGACACAUCGAACCGUCUCGUCUGGAGGGAGGGACGACUGAUGGGGACAGGGACACGUCCAGAAUCCUCAGACUCUGAUUCAGUCCUGAAGAUGAUCUCACCUCUUUCCUCUGACUCUGGACGAGGAGCCGACGUCUCUGGUGCUGUUGUCUCCAGCUACAUGUUCCCGUCUGAGUCUCCUCUCAGACGUCCUGAGUCCGACUGCAUCUCCUCCACCUCCAUCUCCACCGGCAGCUACAUCACCACCGACCCCGAACUGAACCCGAACACAGAUAAACUCCCAGACCUCAAACAUCGUGCGGUGGAGGAGAGCGGAGCAGAUUUACCUGACGUCUCCUGUACGAAGGAAAACUCGGCUGUGGAGUCUGUGUUCAGUGACGACAGCAUCCAGCGCAUCAUAGACCGAUACACCAGGGAGUUAGACGUCUCCCUCAGCAGCGCAGGAAAAACCACCGACAGCGAAGGUUCGUACGUGGACGAGGUCGACUCCUCGGUUUCUCUUCAGUCUGUGGUCGGAGUCUCAGGGAGGACGACGACGGCGGAGGAUGAAAACGCCACCGAUCAUCACUCUGCUCCUUCAGACACAACAGGAGCUCAGAGGAGACACCUGGACUGGACCGACUCAGUUGAGGACUCGUUCCGGCCCCUGAUUGGUCAGAUGAUGGACCAGUCCUCCUGUCUCGCCGCCGCCGACCGUAGGGACUCGUCCAUGGAGGACCUGGUCGGUCGCCCGUCCGCUCACUCCUCCAUGAUCGACCCCCGUCCAGGUCGUCCGGUGUCGCUGAGCCGCCCGGAUCCGAGCGGAUGGGACUCGACUCUGAGCCGCAUGAUCGGCCGCCUCUCCCUCCAGUCCGGCUCCCACUGGCUGAGCGACUUCUACGCGGGUCAGCUGACGGGUCCCGUGGCGUCCGAGCCGUCGACCACGUGGUUGGAGGAGGAGGAGAGCGGCAUGAGGCCGCUGGUCGGAGAGAUGGACGAGUCUGCGGCUCAUCACAGCGUCAGAAGCUCAGCCGACAGACGUCAUGUGGCGUUCGGCGUCUCUGAUGACGUCACUCUCCCGUCUCCUGAAGCCUCGGCGCCGCCCGUGACUCCACAGAACCAGACCGGACCGAUGCAGCUGGACCCAGACAGGACGGAAGAUUCUUUCCAUCCUCUACUGGCUGAGGUGACCCACAACGAAACGGCCGAGCCCUCCAUGAUCUUUACCCUCCCUGAACACGGGGGACUGGACUCUCCUGGAGGACGCGGUGGACUGGACUCUCCUGGAGGACACGGCGUCCCCACACCUCCUGAUCUCUCCCCUGAGCUGGUCCGAACAGACGAGCGCUGCAGGACGACGUCUCCGUCCUUGAACCAGUCCUUCUCCCAGCUCGUUACGUCCCAGUGUCUCCCCCACGCGUCCGUCCUCACCGCGGAUCCCACCGACGUGAUUCUGUCCCAUUUAAACGUCUCCGAUGAGACGCCGGCUCUGGAAAAGAUCUCUGGACGACAUGAAGACUCGGUCAGAGAUCUGGAAGCCGGCGGUGAGAAGGGAAUCAUGGAGCAGUCGCAGAUAACGCUGGUUAGUCUGAACACAACGUUACAGGACCAGGACACCGUCACACAGGAGGACGAGGAGGAGGAGGAGGCGUCGGAGGAAACUGAAGAGAACGAAAGUCAAACACAUCCAGCGACGGCGGUCCUAGAGUUCCAGUGGAGUCCCAGCAGCCGUGUCCAGCGGGACGUCUUCCAGCAGAGACGCAGAGCUCUGCUCCAGAGAUCAAACCGCCGGGUGGAGGAAAUUAAAGCCAAAGGAGCCGAGACCCGACGCGAAGCCAGAGAGACGUCGUCCAAAACCAAGUCGGCUGAGACCAGGACGAAGGGAGGACGGUCUGAGAAGAAGGUCCAGUUUCCUCCUGCAGUGAGCGAGUCCAGAAAUGUGAAAUCUGUGGACGAGGUGAAGAUCUGCACCGAGGAGCAAAGGAGACGUCAUGUGUCAGAGAUGCACCAGAGAACUCAGAGACUGUACGAGCGGCUGGAGGAGGUGAAGCAGCAGAAGGAGGUCAGGAGCCGACAGGAGGAUUACGCAAAAAACAGACUGAAGGCCAAAGAGUUUCACAAGAAAACCUUAGAGAAGCUUCGAGCCAAACAGACGCAGCGAUGAUCGACUCUGAACGUGUCCUAGUUUAAAAUAUGUUUUUUAUUAUUAUCAAUAAAGUUUUUAAGUUAUUAGAA